AUGAGUCCUGCUAGCAUCUUCAAGAAUAUCGUCCCAAAGCUCGCUUUGACAAGCCCGAUGCUCAUGAACGCCAUCUUCAUGAUUUCCGGACAGUGUAUACUGCGCUUCGAUCCGUAUUUCCCCACCAGACCAUACGACUAUCAUGAGAGACUAUUGCAGAGUCUCAUACCGUAUAUUGCCGAGAAGGGACAAAUUGAAGAUGAGGCGACGCUGGUGGCCGCCAUAUUGCUGCGAAACUUUGAGGACUUCCAUGCGGGUACACAAGGACAAUCACAUCUCUCGACGUUUGAACUCUUCUAUGGUCCUGAAGGCUGGGUCUUCGAUAUGUCUAGCCCGGUUGUACAAGCUGCUCUAAUACUCCAUGUGCAUACCGAAGUCAGCCAAGCAUUGCUCAACCAACCCACUCUGCGCAUUAAUUAUGAAAACUUCAUUCUGCCAGCUCUAAUAUCGCCAAUCGAUGAAGUCUCGUGGGGAAAUCGAAUAUUAUGGCUGACUGCGCGCAUCUUGCAGUGGGCGCAAAAGAGCGUGCGGACGAUGGCCGAGUGGCAGUAUCUUCACAGUUUGGUCGAUGAGUGGGAAAGAAGGCGACCCGCAAGCUUCGAUGCCUUCUUUUACCAGGAAGGCAACCCACAUGCCGUUGGUGGAGGAUAUCCGGAAUUGUGGUUCUCUGGCGCUUGUCAUGGUGAGUCCAAUUAG